GGCGCGCGCGGGCACGCUCACACAGUCAGAAGAUUGGUAAAAUGAUCCUGGCCACGAUGGCUGAAAUAAGAUGGUACAAUCAUGUGUCUCGCUUCGAGUGUUGAUGAAAAUGCUACUCGAACUCAAAUGGAAUUAAGGGACGGAGAAUCUUGUCUAGUUUUGUCCUAGAUCUGCCUACCUAAAAAAGAUAAAUGCUGGGCUGGGAUCACCGGAGCAAAGACGGGCAUCGAAAUCGUUUCUCGCUACAACUUGACCAACUUGGCUCGUGAUAAGGAGGGAAAGGCGAACAUGGAUUAUUAAAUGACACACCAGCGGCAUAAGAGCUACGUACUUUCUUAAUCGGCACUCCAAGAAAAAAAAAUCUGAUGUAAAACAGUAGCUCUGCCUGGUCUUGGUCUUCGUCGCUUGAAAAUUUCAAUGGUGCUGGAGCGCGGUGGUGAAGCACCAUAGCGCCAUAAGCAGAGCAGGACACUUUCCUCAACACCCUCCCACGACGUGCCCGGGUCCAGCGGUCCCGAACCUUACGCCGACCACAGCCUGGCUUGCAGAAUCGAGUGGAUGUAUUACUACAUGGAGAGAACAAUAAAAUCGUGUGUAAUAUAGGGGGCAGCGAGACCGGGCCACCCUAACCUUAUGCGCCGCAGGAACAUAUUCCAAUCUGGCGAGCCCAGGACUGAGAGACAGGUGCAGUAAAGACGCAUCCAUGAGCGUCUUCUCCCGGGACAGAGUGUUUUAACUUAAACGGAUCUGUUGAAAAGACUAUCCAGGGGAAAAGAAAACGGCGUUCGGAGGUUUUAAUGCAUAUGAUUACAACCACCAUGAUUUUUAUGAUCCUUGGUGCUUCUGUUGUAAUGGCGAUAGCGUGUUUAAUGGACAUGAACGCACUACUGGAUCGCUUUCACAACUACAUUCUACCGCAUUUACGAGGAGAGGACCGUGUCUGUCAUUGCAACUGUGGAAGGCACCAUGUCCAUUAUGUAAUCCCAUACGAUGGCGACCAUUCAUUGGUGGACUCUUCAGAGAACUACUUUGUGAGCGACAGUGUGACGAAGCAGGAGAUGGACCUCAUGCUGGGCCUUCUGCUGGGGUUCUGCAUUAGCUGGCUCUUGCUGUGGUUGGACGGGGCGUUACACUGUGCUGUGAGGGCUUGGAGGGCCAGCCGGUACUGUGACACGCCGUCAUGGUCCUGGCUUCCCCAGUUUUGUAACCUGCGAGAUCUCCGUCGACGUGCACACUUACGGCAGCUGGAGGACUCCAGUGGGAACAUGGUGCACAUUAAGCAGAAGCUCUAUCAUAACGGUCACCCCAGUCCCCGUCAUCUUUGACUCUCAAUAACAACCCCCCCCCCCCAACUGCCCCAUUACCAAAUGCUGCCUCAGAGACCCACUACAACACUCCCACUACUGUCAAAUGACCUUUUUGACUUUCUACAACCACUCAACACAAUUCAGUAUUUGCAGUAAAAACUAGAACUUGAGAGGAAAGAAACUGUAAGGGUUUUUUUCAGUGCACCAUGUUUGUGGGGAGAUGGGGUUGAAGGUGAGAUUUUUGGGAGUAUUUAUUUUUCUGUACAGGCAUUUUCAUUUUUUAUUGUUAAAUCUAAGCAUGCACUUUUAAAAUGGUGGAGGAGACAUGUACAAGAAUCAUUUAAACAGGGCAAUGGAUCCGGGGUGUCACUCCAUUUCUGCUUUUUGUUUUUUUUGUUGUUUUUUUUUUUGUUCUUUUAAAUUGGAACGGAUUUUCGGGACCAAUUUGGGUGGGGCCGAUGAGCAAAAGGGUGGUGGUAAUGUCAGGAUUUUGACAUCAUAGUUAAUUAUUCAUGUAAAUACUUAUACAUAUUGUUUUAUGGGACUUAGGUCCACACAGGGUUAGGGGGAUGUUAGAAAUGGGUUAUAAAUUUUGUGCCAGGAAUGUAGACUAAAGGAAAGUGAAGAAUACAAAGUCUGAGAGCUGAAAUGACACUGUAAUUGUUUGACAUGACAAAAAUAGAUCUCUGUAAAAUAAUGAUUGAUCAGCUUUGUUACCUAGUGAAAUAAAUGAAUGUAUGUAAUUUUAUCUGUAAAUAAGGGAGAGGGAGGGGAACAAGAUAAAUGGUAAGGGCUCUCCAUGCUCUACAGAGUGUUACCUGUUAAACCGAGAAAGAGUCUUAACUUCGUUUGUCUUCCCUCCACUGUCAGUAGCCCUUCUUCUUUUGAAUGACUCUUUAGUGAAACUAGAGCAGCCAGCUUGCCAGCAGAGAGAGCCCUGACCCACUUCCCCUUCCUCUCCAUGUCCAGACAUUGCUGUUGUGAAGAUGAAAUGUCUGUUUUAUUAAAAGUGCCACUGAAGCACAACAGUGA